UAGAUUUCAUUUGACGUUUAAAGAGUUAAUUGUGUGUUUUCUGAGAAGCGCCCAGUAUCCAAUGAGAUUCCGAUCGGACGCGUGUGCUCAGGAACAGAAUCAAUCUAAUAAUAACAACAACAAUAAUAAUUGAAUCAUUUUAAUCGUAAUUCGGUGGCAAAACGAAAUUAUUCGCUCCUUCUGCAAAUGUGCUAAUUUUUCCUAAGUGCUCUUGACAAUCGAUCGACGCGUGCUAGCAUUCUUCCAACAAAAAUGUGUAUUGUUCAUUUAAAAUCAUUGUUCUCCUUAUAACAAUACCCGCAACCAACUUCCUCCUACUGACUUACAUUAAUAAUGCAAAUAAUCUAACAACACAAUUUGUCCAUCUGACAUCUCCGUUUUCCUCCGUUGUUUAUACCAUGAAACACGUGUCCCUCUAACUCCUUACCUUUUUGUGCAACGCGGUGUAAAUGUGUUUACAUUGUUGCGAAAGUCUGUGUUACUCAAACUGUCCAUCAAUGCGUGUCUGUUUUGAUAUACCGUGGUGCUUUAGGUCUACGCCGCGGCCCACGGUUGCGGAACCGAACCGGCAACGCAUGGAUACCACCGCCGAGGUGUUGCAGAAUGACCAUGUCCUCCAAGCAGCCACAGAGACGAAAAAUCUACCCCUCCAGGACCAAGUUCAAGGGUUGCAGAUCAACUACAACCCCAUGAGCCAGAACAAUAACUUAAAUUCACCUAAUUCCAAUAUACCCAGCAGAUUGCCAUCUCUGCAGGAGGUGGUGAUUGUCCAAGAUGGUCGACAGGGUAAAGGUGAUUUUGAUUUUAGUGGUAAUAAUAACCCAGUGCAUGAUGUGGCGACCAUAGAAACCAUGGUGGUCGAGCCUUUGAGGAUGGCUCUGGCGGAAAGGGAGAAGAAAAUAAGGUCUUUGGAGUCGGAAAUAGCUCAAUUGAAAUCGCAGCUGGACAAAUUCCAAAGUGUGUUUCCAUUCCGCGUCCAGACUCCUGGGGUCAGGGGACCUCCUACUCAAAGGCAGAGGGCUCAGGGUAUAUCUGCUGAACCUCAGAGCGAAAGUGCUGUCUUGGCUGCCGGAAAGAGGAGCUUUCCUAAGGUGGAGAAAGAUGAAAGAUCUCGCGAUAUCAUCAAGUCUGCUAUAUUGGACAAUGACUUCAUGAAGAAUUUGGAAAUGACCCAAAUUCGGGAGCUGGUGGAUUGCAUGUACCCUGUCACUUAUGAAGCUGGAAGUGUCAUCAUCAAGGAAGGAGAUGUCGGCAGCAUCGUUUAUGUUAUGGAAGAUGGCAGAGUCGAGGUGUCCCGAGAAGGUCGCUACCUCAGCACCCUGGAAGGAGCGAAGGUCCUGGGCGAGUUGGCCAUUCUGUACCAUUGCCAGAGGACGGCGACAAUCACUGCCAUAGACGACUGCAAAUUGUGGGCCGUCGACCGACAAUGCUUCCAGACCAUCAUGAUGCGCACCGGACUGAUCCGACAGGCCGAAUAUACCGAUUUCUUGAAGAGUGUGCCAUUGUUCAAACAUUUGCCGGAAGACACUCUGAUCAAAAUCUCAGAUGUUCUUGAGGAGACUUUCUACGAGGAAGGCGACUACAUUGUCAGGCAAGGAGCCAGAGGUGACACCUUCUUCAUUAUCAGCAAAGGACAGGUGAGAGUCACAAUCAAGCAACCCGAUGGAAGACCAGAUAAAUUUAUAAGAACUCUAGGCAAAGGAGAUUUCUUCGGUGAAAAAGCUCUACAAGGGGAUGAUCUUCGUACUGCAAAUAUUAUAUGCGAAUCGCCUGAAGGCGUCUCUUGUCUGGUGAUUGAUCGAGAGACCUUUAACCAACUCAUUUCUAAUUUGGAUGAAGUCCAGACAAAGUAUCCAGAUACAGGCAUUGAGAAGACAAGGAUAAACGACGAGUUCCGAGAUGUAAAACUGAGCGAUUUACGCGUCCUGGCCACCCUUGGUGUUGGUGGAUUCGGCCGAGUCGAGCUGGUGCAAAUUCAAUCAGACACCCAGCAGCGUUCCUUCGCUCUGAAACAAAUGAAGAAGAGCCAGAUCGUAGAAACCAGACAGCAACAGCACAUUAUGUCAGAAAAGGAAAUAAUGUUCGAAGCCGAUAGCGAAUUCAUAGUAAAACUUUUCAAAACUUUCAAAGAUCGCAAAUAUUUGUACAUGUUAAUGGAAUCAUGUUUAGGAGGCGAGUUAUGGACAAUUUUGCGUGACAAAGGACACUUUGAUGACGCCACUACAAGGUUUUAUACAGCCUGCGUCGUGGAAGCAUUUGAUUAUUUGCAUUCGAGGAAUAUCAUAUACAGAGAUUUAAAACCAGAAAAUUUACUCUUGGAUAUAACUGGUUAUGUUAAACUGGUAGAUUUUGGUUUCGCCAAGCGUCUGCAACCUGGUAGGAAAACUUGGACUUUCUGUGGUACCCCAGAAUAUGUAGCUCCUGAAGUUAUAUUGAAUAAAGGCCACGAUAUUUCUGCUGACUACUGGUCAUUAGGUGUUCUUAUGUUUGAACUUUUAACCGGCACUCCGCCUUUCACAGGAUCAGAUCCUAUGAAGACUUACAAUAUCAUUUUGAAAGGCAUAGAUGCUAUCGAAUUUCCCAGAAAUAUUACCAGAAACGCUAGUGCACUGAUUAAAAAAUUAUGCAGAGAUAACGCAGCAGAACGAUUAGGAUAUCAGAGAGGAGGAAUUAGCGAGAUUCAAAAGCAUAAGUGGUUUGAUGGUUUCAAUUGGGAAGGUCUACGCAGCAGAACUCUUCAACCUCCAAUAAUGCCCCAUGUAACCAGUGUCAUCGAUACCACCAACUUUGAUGAUUACCCACCAGAUGCUGAUGGCAUUCCACCUGAUGACGUUACUGGAUGGGAUGAAUUCUUCUAA